UUUAUUUUGCUGUAUUCCUACUUUUCUUAUGCUAUGUCCUCUUGUGUGUUUACCUCCUCAUGUCAGCUACAGGGGCAAUUUCAUCUAAACAUAAUGCACAAGAGUGGAGAUGUCAUCCUGGGUGGAUUGUUUCCAGUCCACUUUUUCUCAAGUUUUCCUGACCUGUCUUUUGCCUCAGAGCCACAACAGCCUUCUUGCCAUGGUUUCUAUGUUCAGGGGUUUAGGCAAGCACAAACCAUGGCUUUUGCUAUUGCUGAGAUCAACAACAACUCCAACUUGCUGCCUAAUGUGACUGUGGGAUACACUCUUUAUGACAACUGUGCUGAACUUAGAAUUGGAUUCCGUGGAGCAUUGUCAUUAGCCAGUGGUCAAGAGGAACAAAUUAUAUUACAUAAUACAUGUGUUGGAAACCCUCCAGUCCUAGCGAUUGUGGGUGAAACUUCCUCUACACGUUCUAUUGCAAUCUCCAGCGUAUUAGGUUUGUACAGAGUACCCAUGGUGAGUUAUUUUGCCACAUGUUCCUGUUUGAGUGACCGUCAAAAGUAUCCAUCCUUCUUUAGGACGAUCCCAAGUGAUGCUUUCCAGGUACGUGCUAUGAUUCAGAUCCUAAAAUAUUUUGGCUGGACUUGGGCAGGUCUGCUCAUCACUGACGAUGAUUAUGGACUUCAUGCAGCCAGAUCCUUACAAUCCGAGCUGAGUGUGUCUGGAGAAGGUUGCCUUGCCUACGUUGAAGUGUUACCCUGGGACAAAGACACUGAUGAACUCAGGAGGAUUGUGGAUAUGAUGAAAAAAUCAACAGCUCGUGUGGUCAUUGCCUUUGUACAUUUGAGUCACAUGAUAAACCUUAUAGAAGAGGUAGCCAAGCAGAAUGUAACAGGUCUACAGUGGUUGGCCAGUGAAGGCUGGACAGCAACAGGUGCUGUGCUCCAAACACCUAAGUUCAUGCCAUACCUGGGUGGUACACUGGGUAUUGCUAUUCGACGAGGAGAAAUACCAGGGCUCAGAGAAUUCCUAUUACAAAUACGUCCUGACCUACAUCACAAUAAUAACUAUGGAAAUAGUAUGGUGAAUCAGUUCUGGGAAUUCAGAUUUCAGUGCAGAUUUGCUCCAGCUCCAGCAGGCUGGAUGGAAGGUGGAGGUGCAUUAUGCACUGGACAGGAAGAUCUAGAAAAUGUGAAUACGAAGUUCUUUGACGUUUCCAACCUCCGGCCUGAGUACAAUGUGUACAAAGCUGUUUAUGCUCUGGCAUAUGCCCUUGAUGACAUGCUGCAGUGCAAGCCAAGAAGAGGGCCUUUCAGUGGACACAGCUGUGGCACUUUACAAUCACUGGAGCCAUGGCAGCUUGUUUAUUACUUGGAAAGGGUAAAUUUCUCCACGCCAUUUGGUGAUCAAGUGUCAUUUGAUGAAAAUGGUGAUGUGGUGCCAAUUUAUGAUGUGAUGAACUGGUUGUGGCUCCCUGAUGGAAGCACUAAAGUUCAGAAUGUGGGUGAGGUUAAGAGGUCAGCUUUCAAAGAUGAAGAAAUCAUACUUGAUGAAGACAAAAUCUUCUGGAACUUUGAAUCCAAAAAGCCAGUUCGAUCAGUAUGCAGUGAGAGCUGUCCACCUGGUACCCACAUGGUAAGAAAGAAGGGGGAACCUAAAUGUUGUUUUGACUGCAUCCCUUGUUCUGAGGGAAAAGUCACUAAUAAGAGCAACUCCUUGGAGUGCACCAGUUGUCCAGAGGAUUUUUGGUCAAACCUCCAGAGUGACCAAUGUGUCCCAAAGAAGACAGAGUUCCUCUCUUACCAUGAGCCUCUGGGUAUUUGCUUGACAGCAGCCUCACUACUGGGCACAUUUAUAUGUACUGUUGUUCUAGGGAUCUUUAUCUACCAUCGCAGAACACCUAUAGUACGUGCCAGCAAUUCAGAACUUAGUUUCCAGGUAUUACUGUCACUCAAGUUAUGUUUCCUUUGUUCACUGCUGUUUAUUGGACGACCCAGGAUGUGGACAUGCCAACUCAGGCAUGCAGCAUUUGGGAUCAGCUUUGUGCUGUGUGUCUCAUGCAUCCUGGUAAAAACCAUGGUUGUUCUGGCUGUGUUCAAAGUCUCCAAGCCAGGAGGGGGAACCAGUCUGAAGUGGUUUGGUGCUAUGCAGCAGAGAGGAACAGUUCUGUGCCUUACAUCUGUUCAAGCAGCCAUUUGUACUGCUUGGCUUGUUUCUUCCUCUCCAACUCCACAUAAAAACACCCAAUACCAAAAUGAUAAGAUUGUUUAUGAGUGUACAGUUGGGUCCACUGUUGGUUUUGCAGUGUUAUUGGGUUAUAUUGGCAUGUUGGCUGUCCUCAGUUUUCUAAUUGCAUUCCUGGUGAGGAAUCUUCCUGAUAGUUUUAAUGAGGCCAAGCUCAUCACAUUCAGCAUGCUGAUCUUCUGUGCUGUGUGGGUGGCCUUUGUUCCUGUGUAUAUCAGCUCACCGGGAAAUUAUGCAGAUGCAGUGGAGGUAUUUGCCAUCCUGGCCUCAAGUUUUGGACUCUUGAUCACACUGUUUGGACCCAAAUGUUACAUAAUCCUGAUGAGACCGGAGAUCAACACAAAAAAGGCUGUAAUGGGUCGUGGUGCUGAAUCGUAA